UGAAGAUUAUUGGGUGUUUUGGUUCGAGUUACUUGAUGGAGAAGUUAACUGAUUUAGAACGCAUUGAGUUGAGCAAAACCAAUUUACGAAGGGCCAUGAAUGAGAUUCAAGAUCGCGUUUCUUCCCUUCUUGUGCUUAAUCUUCGAUGGAAAGACAUGGAACACGUUUUGGACUCCGCCCAGAGUUCGGUUGAAGAACGACUCAGAGAAGUGAGUUCAAAAGAAGAUGAGAUCGGAAGAAAGGAGAAAUCGGUUAGAGACCAGUUUGAAGACCUUAAGGUUAAAGAGAAGGAGCUAGGAAGGAAACUUAGGGAUUUGGAGUUUGGGAAGCAGUGUUUUGAAGAAAGGCUUAAACUAAAAGAGGAUGAGAUUUUGUUUAAAGAGAAGGCGUUUGAGAAGAACCGUAGGGAUUUUGAGUUAGAGAAGAAGGAUUUUGAGCGGCAGCGUGCAGGGCUUGAACUUAGUGUUAAACAAUGUGAGCAGCAAAUGAAAGAUGUUAAAUCGAUGGAGAAAUCGGUAAAAGAUAGGUUGGAGGAAGUUGGGCUGAAAGAAAAGAGUUUCGGGAAGCGUUGCAAGGAGUUUGAGUUGGAAGGAAAGGCUUUGAAAGAACGUCGUAAGUAUCUUGAAAUGAACAUAAAACAAUGUGAGCAGCGGCGGGAAGAGGCUAAUUCGAUGGAGAAAAUGGUAAAAGACAAGUUGGAGAAAGUUUGUUUGCAAGAGAAAGACUUGCAGAAACGCUGUAGAGAGUAUGAGUUGAAAGAAAAGCAAUUUGGGUUGAAAGAGAGAGAUUUUGAGAAGUGCUCGAGUGAGUAUGAGUUAAAAGAACAUCAAUUCAGGUUGAAAGAGAAUAGUUUUCAGAGGCGGUGUACAGAGUUUGAGAUGGAAGAAAAGGCUUUGAGAGAACGUCGUCAAGAUCUUGAAUUUAGUGUAAAACAAUGUGAGAAACAAUGUGAAGAGGUUAAAUCGAAUGAGAAAUCGAUAAAAGAUAGAUUGGAGGAAGUUGGGUUGAAAGAGAGAGAUUUAGAGAAGUGUUUGAGAGAGUUUAAGUUCAGCAAAGAGCAAUUCGGGUCGAAAGAGAAGCAUUUUCUGCAGCGUUGCAUUGAGUUUGAUUUGGAAGAAAAGGCUUUCAAAGAACGUUGUAGGGAUCAUGAGAUGAUAGAGAAAGGGGUGCAAAAGCGGUUGGAAGAGAUUAAAAGGAAAGAGGAAGAAUUCGGGCGGAAAGAGAGUGAUCUUGGGCGGCGUUGUAGGGAUGUCGAAUUGUCAGAGAAUUGCCUUCAGAAAGGUCUUAAAGAUCUAAAACUAAAGUCUGCACAAUGUGUGGAGAGAUUCAGAGAGCUUAAGUUAAUGGAAGAAUCAAUAACAACCCAGUGUGAGGAGCUUAAGGAGAAAGAAGAGCAAUUUAGAUCGAAAAUGAAUCAUUUUGAGCAGCGUUCUAGAGAUUUUACAAUGAAGGAGACAUCUCUUGAAAAGGGUCAUCAAGAACUUGAAGCAAAACAGAAACAUAAUGAAGAGUGCUUUAGAGAAAUCAAAUUGAAAGAGAAGCAAAUAGAAGAAUCAUCUGUGGAACUGGCGAGAAAAUAUAAAUUACAAUUUGAAGAACUCGAACAUAAAGUUAAGCAAUAUGAUCAGAGAUUCAUGGAGCUGAAGCUUAAGGAGAAAAUGGUUAAAGAUCAGUUUGAACAGGUUGAGGAAAAAGAGCAACAGCUUGAGUUGAAAGAGAGGUAUUUUGAGCAGUGUUCAAAAGAUUUUGAGUUAAAAGAAAAAUGCCAUUCUCUAGAUUUUGAGUUAAAAGAAAAAUGUCUUGAGCAACGUAAUCGGGAGCUUGAAGCCAAAGAGAAGCAUUAUGGUGAAUGUUUGAGAAAAGUUGAACUAAGAGAGAAGGAGAUCGAAGAACUAUCUGCAGAACAUAGGAGAAAGUAUGAGCAACAGUCCAGCGAGCUUGAGUUCAAUGGUAAGAAGUGUGAGCAGCGGUUCAGAGAUCUUGAUUUAAAGGAGAAGAAACUUGCAGAAUGGUUGAAAGAACUUGAAAGCAAGAGUCAUGCUUUAGCCCCCCAUCCUCGAAUGAAAGAAGAAUCAGCAGGCAGUUUGUCGGUUAAAUGUUCCAUAGAUUAUUCUUCACCAGCACAUCUUUGGUUUUGUGUAUAUAUGGAUGGAAAGGAUUUGCAGAUGUUCCUAAAUGAGCGCUGGAAAGAGCAUGGUUCGAUAGGCACUGAAGUUGCUAUGGCUCUUCAACUUGCAGCAGACCCUGCAAAGCUUGUCUUGGAUGCAAUGGAGGGGUUUUACCCUCCACAUUUGAGUAAGGGAGACGGAGAGUUUGAAGGGAAUGUUGCCAGAAGAAGUUGCAUUCUCUUGUUGGAGCAAUUGAUGAAAAUCUCACCUGAAGUUAAGCCCCAUGUUAGAAAAGAAGCUAUGAAGCUUGCCUUUGAUUGGAUAACAAAAAUGAGACUUGAAUCUGGCCAUGAAUUGGAGGUUUUGGGAUUUCUGCGUCUUUUAGCCUCUUUCCGAUUGGCAGGUGCUUUAGAUGCUGACGAGCUUGUCAACUUCUUGGUGUUUGUUGCUCAGCAUAUUCAAACCCCUGAAUUAUUCAAGGUUCUUGGUUUGGGAGAUAAGAUCACUGGUUUCAUAAGAAAACUUGUUGAAAAGAAGCAGCAUAUGGAGGCAAUUAGAUUUAUUUAUGCUUUUGAACAGGUUAAUGAGUUUCCUCCAGUACCUGUCUUGAAAGAUUUCUUGAACCAUUCCAAGGCUGAAGCUAGAUCAAUUUUGAAAAAGAAAAAAAUGGCCCCUAAAGCACAGAAUGAGGCAAACACCAAAAGAAUAGCUGAUCUAAGGGCUGUUGUCAAAUGCAUCAAAGAUCAUAAACUUGAAUCCGAGUACCUACCUCACGAACUUAAGAAGCUUAACAAAUUAAUUCUCUCUCUUGAAAAUAUAAAUGGAAGCAGAAGUCUUACCCACCCAGAAGCUAACCCUGUCCUUAACACUGCUCCUGUGAGUGAGACCUCAUCACAGCAACAAGGUGGUAUAAAGCGACCACGAGAGUUAGUAGCUACUGAAGUUGCUGGAAAUGCCCCCCGUGGUGCCACGAUCGAUUUUUCCUCAAAUAAUGACUCCCAAGAAUCUAAAAGGGUCAAAAUAAGUGUAAGAUUUUUAUCUUUGUUUUCAAAAGCGCGCUUAAGGCAUCAAUCACAACGCCUUCGGAGAGAGGCACAACGCACAACAAGAAGCCCUCCUAGACGUGCGCUUAUGGGACAUUUUUGCAUAAGCGCCAGGCGUACGCUUAUGCCGCCUUAGGGCUAAGGGACCUGUGCAACUGCUCGCUUGCCUCUUCUACUGUUUGUCUCUUCCACUAAAAAACAUAUCACGUAUGCUAUAUGCUAUGACUGAGAAUAAAAAUAGAUAAUAGAAAUAGAAGAAAAGAAUUCAGGAAGAUAUGCUAGUUUUGUA